AGCCGUGUGUGUGCCGUGUUGUUGGCCAGUAAAAACCAGGCUGUUUCAAAUUCUUUCGUUUUCUAGUGAGUUAACAGCGACUUCAAAGAUCCAUCAGUACUAUUUCACUGCUCAUCAGUGUGUAACCCUGUCCAAUCAACAGCAGGAAACCUGCUCUACAAAAUCGAAUAUAUCACCCCUUUUUUGACAGUGCCGUUUGGUGUGUAUCACUGGUUGUCAUCCUUGCUGGUGGUUCACUAUCAGCGUGCAGUCAACAACGCACAGUUGAAAGAGAUUGUGUUUGUAAACAAGAAGACUGUUUCCGUGCGUUAUUCGUCCGGGAAAAUGCUGCUCUAAGUUGUGUUUUUGGUGAAACAAGCUAAACAAAUCGUGUGAGAACCUCCCACAACAGUGAACAUCAUCCCUUGAGACGAAAGCGUCAAAAAGUGUGAGAAGUUCAUCGUAUGUGCGAGUAUGUGUAUGAUUUAGUGUACGAUUCUGUAAAGCAAAAAAAAAACGCCCGAAGAUAACCCGCGUAUGCUGCAAUUGCGUUCGUGCGAAAAGCGUCCAAUAAGCUAAGUGGCUAGUAUAUCUCACGUUUCCGCCGACUGUGAGUGGCCGGUGAGCUAGGAUCAAUUAUUGCGGGCUGCAGGUAUUGGUGAUAGCCAGUUUGCCGAUGGCGAUGUAGUGGUUCGGAACGGUUCAAAAAGGACGUCUUAAAAAAAAUACUAUCGUGAACGCCUCGUCUUUCGUUUACGUUCGAUAAGAUAUAAGUGAAUUGCAAGUGUAUUUGAUUGGCCGUAAAUGAGUGUCAUAAAGGAACAUCUAUAGAAGGAUCAACAACAACGAAAUUGAAAAUUUUAUUCCUGCAUCAGUCCCGGACCUUUGGGGAUUUUUUGGUAUUUUUUGGAUUGAGGAAUUCGGUGCUUUGGACAUCCCGAGUGAGCUUUCAACAAAACGUUCCGGAAAAGUCACUCAACUGUAGCGAGUGGAUGGUGGUGCCACGAACAGGAUGGAGCACAUCGUCUAACACCACGUGCAUUUGAAAUCAGAGCUACUGGCCGGGUCCCCCCGCGGAAACGUUCCGUUCCUGGUUGAACGUGAAGCAGCAGUGAAUCAACGUCUUUAAGAGAGUUCAGCGUUUUGGGCAAUGCCGUAAAACCAGUACCACCCAUCGUCCGAAUGCAAUUAUCCGUUGUAUGGGCAGAGUACGCACCGCUUGGGGACGCUCGGCACGAUGUGGACAAUCUAACCGGUACACAUCACACUUACGACGAUCUUGUAGCUACCUGCCAAAGGGAUUUAAUCAGCUUAUCGAGCAAUUGAGUGUACAAGCACUAGCAAAAGUGCACUGAGAGGACAGUCUAAAGCUACACAUUAUCGUAAAAGGGUGCGAUAGAGCGCCUUCCAUCGAAGACGACAAAUCCCAUUCGGACAAAUACCACGUAAACCCGUCGUGUUACAACCACUACAGACGACGACACGAUGACGACACGCAGUAAGCAUAGAGCAUUGCCACACAUAGGCGGCGGUGGUUUAAGCGUACUAUCGAUGCUGUUAAUACUUAUCAGCGGCGGACAAGUGGCUGGCAGCUAUCAUUCCGGCGUCAGCCCGAUGCCGCACGUGCCAGCCGUACCGAAAGAUCCAAACUCACGGUGCGAAGAAAUCACCAUCCCGAUGUGCCGUGGCAUCGGGUACAAUUUGACCUCGUUCCCGAACGAGAUGAACCACGAAACGCAGGAAGAGGCGGGCCUGGAGGUGCAUCAGUUUUGGCCGCUGGUGGAAAUCAAAUGCUCACCAGAUCUCAAGUUCUUCCUCUGCUCCAUGUACACCCCGAUCUGCAUCGAGGACUACCACAAACCGUUGCCGGUGUGCCGGAGCGUGUGCGAACGUGCGCGUGCCGGCUGUGCACCGAUCAUGCAGUCGUACAGCUUCAACUGGCCGGAACGUAUGGCGUGCGAAAAUCUGCCCGUUUCGGGCGACAGUGAUAAUUUGUGCAUGGAAAUGCCGAGCGAGGAAGAUCACGGAGAUCGCGGAGCCGGUGGUGGCGGUUCGUCGGCUGGCGGUAGCGGUGGCUCGGGCCACUCGGGUAAACCGACCCGCAAAUCGCACGGAGGCAGCAGCGGCGGCGGCGCCGGCGCUGGCAACCAGCAGAACAACAAAUGCAAGGGCAAGAAUUCAAAAAACUGCCAAAAUCCCCCAGGGGAAAGAACAAAAGAGUGCAUGUGCCGGUGCCGGGAGCCACUGGUCACCCUGGGGAGGGAAAGCACCACCACAACGCUACUGCACCAUCACGGCAGCCUAAGCAGCAACCAAAGUGUCGAAAGGGUCGGCGACGUGCAAAACUGCGCGAUCCCGUGCCGGGGGGCGUUCUUCACCCAGGAGGAAAAGGACUUCGCCGGAAUCUGGAUAGCGCUGUGGUCCGGCCUCUGCGGCAUAAGCACCCUAAUGACACUGACCACCUUCCUCAUCGACACCGAAAGGUUCAAGUACCCUGAGCGGCCGAUCGUUUUCCUGUCCGCGUGCUACUUCAUCGUCUCGUGCGGCUACCUGACGCGCAUCUUUCUCGGCCACGACGAGAUUGCGUGCGACGGGAAAUCGAUCAAAUAUCCGUCGACGGGCCAGAGUUCGUGCACGAUGAUCUUCAUCAUGAUUUACUUCUUCGGCAUGGCGUCCUCGAUCUGGUGGGUGAUCCUGUCCUUCACCUGGUUCCUGGCAGCCGGUUUGAAGUGGGGUAACGAAGCGAUCUCGAAACAUUCGCAGUACUUCCAUCUUGCCGCGUGGCUCAUUCCGACCGUGCAGACCGUGUCCGUGCUGUUGCGGCCCGCCGUCGACGGUGAUCCAGUGGCAGGGAUUUGCUACGUCGGUAACACGUCCGUCGAGAAUCUGAAGAACUUUGUGCUGGCACCGUUGUUCAUGUAUCUGGUGGUCGGAACUACCUUCCUGAUGGCCGGCUUUGUCUCCCUGUUCCGCAUCCGUUCCGUGAUCAAGCAGCAGGGCGGUAUCGGUGCCGGAUCGAAGGCCGACAAGCUCGAGAAGCUCAUGAUUCGGAUAGGCAUCUUCAGCGUGCUGUACACCGUUCCGGCCACGAUCGUGAUCGGGUGCCAUCUGUACGAGGCGUCCUACUUCGAGGACUGGAUGACCGGGCUAACGUGUCCGUGCAAGGCGGCACCCGGCCUCCGACAGAAACCGCUCUAUUCGGUGCUCAUGCUGAAGUACUUCAUGGCGCUGGCCGUCGGCAUCACCUCGGGCGUAUGGAUUUGGUCGGGUAAAACGGUCGACUCGUGGCGGCGGCUCUGGAGAAGGUUGUUCGGUUCGCCCGACCCAACCGGUGCGGGACAGGUGCUGAUCAAGCCACGGCCUCCACUGCCCCAGCCGUACGCUACGUCCGGUAUCGGUGUGCCCGGAUCGGCGGCCGCUUCGCUGCUGGCCACGCCGUACACGCAAACCGUUGGCAGUGUCGCGUCGACCAGCCACCACCAUCUGCACCACCACGUUCUCAAGCAGGCACCGCUUAGUCACGUAUGACCUGGAGAUAUAGGCGGCGCAUCUACCUUAACAGCGGGAUCCGGAUCGGUCGUGGAUCCGCGCGCCGUCUCUGUCGUGGUGACGCUUCCCGGGCCGCAGCCAGGCCAGGCGCUCAGCGACUAUGGUCCGAUAUAGUUGACCGUACGUCCAGAAGCGGCCACCCGAAGAAUACCACCCAGCAAUCUAAGUGAACUGUGAAUAUCGCAAUGACGUGCCCUUCGCGGCGGAGGACGAACGCAUCCUCUCGAGCCCUAGGGGAAGUAGUCGUGGAGGUCAACUGAAUGCGAAGCGAAGCGUGAAAGCAAUUCUUAAUAGUAUUAAACAAACCCCCAACUCAACUCAAAUCGAUCCUACUUCUACUAUGUGUGCUAGCGUGUGGGACAGUGUUGUGAGGUGCGAAACCAGCCCAAAGCUGCUGCUAGUGCCGAUCACACACACACACACACACCUUAAGCUAUCAUCAUCAUCAUCGUCAUCACUAUGCUCUAUCUACCUUAUCCGUAAUCAUCAGCUCGUGGCCCACAGCGUAUACAUAUAGGAAUAUGUAUACUAAUAAGCUCCUUGCGCGCGCAAAUAACUAAUCCAGACAGACAAAACAAACAAGCAUUAUAUUGUAAGGACAACGUUUCAAGCUAGCGGCUCUCUUUCUAGUCGACGAUGUGGUUUAGUAGCAAUGGGAGUAGUGUUUUUAGGGAAAAUAAUGGUACACAAUAGUACAGAUACAUUGUUCGACGAACGGACGGACGGAC